CAGUGAGAAUAGAAAAGGAUGAGUUGGUUUCUCAAAACCGUUAAACAGUUUGUCUUUUCCAGAAGGAACACAGAGAGACUCUCAUGGCAUCUAAUAGCAUCUCUCUUUCCUUAGCUACAUUUUCGAUUUCUUCUUCACCAUCUUUUUCCUCAUCUCAAAAAAAUACUCCCAUUAGUAUCCUUAAAUCCUGCAAAAGCAAAUUGUCAUCUACAUUGUUUGGUACAAAAGUAUGUGUGGACAAGACAAAAGCAUCAAAAGCAAUCAACAAGAGAAGCACUACGUCUACUGGUUUCACUUGCUUAGCUUCUGCUCUCCCAUCAGCUCUUUUAUUCGACUGUGAUGGUGUGCUUGUUGAUACUGAGAAAGAUGGCCAUAGGAUUUCUUUUAAUGAUACUUUCAACGAAAGAGAAUUGGGGGUCACUUGGGAUGUGGAUUUGUAUGGCGAAUUGCUCAAAAUUGGUGGCGGAAAAGAAAGGAUGACAGCCUACUUUAACAAGACUGGUUGGCCAGAGAAGGCUCCGAAGAAUGAAGAAGAACGAAAAGAAUUCAUAGCUUCGCUUCAUAAGAGGAAGACCGAGUUGUUCAUGGCCCUUAUUGAGAAGAAAUUGUUACCUCUUCGACCAGGCGUUGCAAAGCUGAUAGAUCAAGCUUUGGGAAAAGGAGUCAAAGUUGCAGUCUGCAGUACAUCCAAUGAGAAGGCGGUCUCUGCAAUAGUUUCAUGUUUGCUAGGACCUGAGAGAGCAGAGAAGAUCAAGAUAUUUGCAGGAGAUGUGGUUCCCCGUAAAAAGCCUGAUCCGGCCAUUUACACACUAGCAGCCAACACUCUGGCUGUUGAUCCUUCAAGUUGUGUAGUGGUAGAGGACAGCGCAAUAGGUCUUGCAGCCGCCAAAGCUGCUGGAAUGAAGUGCAUAGUAACAAAGAGUGGUUACACAGCAGACGAGGACUUCUUAAAUGCAGAUGCAGUAUUUGAUUGCAUUGGAGAUCCUCCAGAAGAGUGUUUUGACUUGGCAUUCUGUGGAAGCCUUCUUGAAAAGCAGUAUGUCAGCUAGAUCAUCAUGUUACCUGUGUCUCAAUUCCUCAGGGUUCUGUGUAUGAUUUAUUUUUCCCUCAUUAUUUUGCCUGUAUUUGUAAUCAAAUACACCUUUAUCUAUUUUCUGAACCAUGAAAUGUAACAGAAGGCAAUAUGCUUUUAGCUUCUUUCUAAGUAAAUACCACUCUUCUUCUUUGAACAA